UGCCCCGUUGCCAGAUGUUCACUAUCCAUCGCUGAUAUUCUGGAUCACCUGCUAUGUUAGCACAGGGGUUCCCUGGUUUGUCAGAACAUAUGCAAGAUUCGUGAUAGAAGGGAAUGCUUCAGCGUACCAAAUACAACCGCUUCAGGAAUGAUUCGGUGACAUCGGUUGACGAUCUUAUCCAUAACUUGUCCAUGAACAGCAAGGUCUCGUCAAUUGGUCCAACGUCAACACCAUCGCCGUACCUGGUCUCUCCUGAGGUUCUCCAGAAGGACCAAGAUGGACCCACCGCCAUUUGCACUCUCAUGCACAAAGUGUCCCACCUGAAACUCUCCCAUUCAGGCAGCCUUUCGGGUAUCAAGAACCUCUCGUCUGCAGUGAAGGAGCUUGCUGUCUCCAAGUUGCAGGGGAGCUCGGCAGCAGAGGCUUCAGACAACACAUGUAACCUUGCCUCUGCCACUCCGUCUUCUCAGCAGGACAAGAGCAAGAUGAACACAGGGAAAAAGACAUGGUCAGAGGAGAUGCACCUGGGAGGCGAAGACUGGAAUCAAGGGAGCAAUGUUGCCGGCAAAGUCUCCCAAGGGUGGCUGCAUUCGAACGAGAAGAUCCUGGGACCUGGAGUGACGUACAUUGUGAAGUACUUGGGAUGUAUAGAGGUCUUGCGUUCCAUGAGAUCCCUCGAUUUCAAUACUAGAACACAGAUUACAAGGGAAGCGAUCAGCCUUGUUUGUGAAGCUGUGCCGGCAUCCAAAGGAGCUUUUAAAAAAAGAAAGCCGCCGAGUAAAGCCCUCUCCAGUAUCUUGGGGAAGAGCAACCUUCAGUUCGCGGGAAUGAGCAUUACUCUGAAUAUCUCUACCACCAGCUUAAACCUGAUGACGCCUGAUUCCAAACAGAUUAUAGCAAACCAUCAUAUGCAGUCUAUUUCCUUUGCAUCUGGAGUCGAUGUGGAUACAACAGACUAUGUUGCUUAUGUAGCUAAGGACCCCGUGAAUCGCAGAGCAUGUCAUAUCCUGGAGUGCUCUGAUGGCCUGGCCCAGGAUAUUAUCAGCAGUAUAGGACAAGCAUUUGAACUUCGUUUUAAGCAAUAUUUGCAAUGCCCCUCAAAGAUCCCGGCUCUUCAUGAUAGGAUGCAAAGCUUGGAUGAACUUUGGAUGGAAGAAGAUGUUGAGGCAGCAGCAGAGCAUCCAUAUUACAACAACAUUCCUAACAAAAUACCUCCGACUGGGGGCCUGGUCGAUGCGAGGCUCAGAGCCAAGCUCCCCUCUGUUUCAGAUCCUACUCAGUCUGCAUCAGCAAUGGGAAGAGAGCAAACAUACUACCAGAGCCAAUACGUAAGGGACCUAUUUGGCGAAGAUCAGCUACAACAACGACCCAUUAGACAAGGGUCUUUGGACAUUUACAGCCUGCCGGAAGGGAAAUCUAAUGUAACCCCACCAGGAGAGGUACCAGCCUAUGUGAAUACGCAACACAUAAAUAUGGAAAUCCUUCAGGCUCUUCAGGCAGAUGCUGAAAACCUGUUUAGUGGAACAACAGACAGUACCAAAGACAGCAGCCCAGGAAAAGAUCUUUUUGACAUGAGCCCUUUUGAAGAUGCUCUCAAGAACCAAACCACUGGGCCCAUUUUGAACAAGGCUACCUCAGUUGAAUGUACCAGCCCGCUUCUCUCCAGAGCAGGAAGUGUGGCAGCAGAACUGAGCACAGAACCCUGGUAUCAAGGGGAGAUGAACAGGAAAGAAGCCGAACAGCUCUUAAAGAAAUGCGGAGACUUCCUGGUUAGGAAAAGCACCUCGAAUCCAGGCUCGUAUGUGCUGACUGGGUUACACAAUGGACAAGCCAAGCACCUUCUCUUGGUGGAUCCCGAAGGAACUGUUCGUACAAAGGACCGCAUAUUUGACAGCAUCAGCCACCUCAUCAACCACCACCUGGAGAACAAUUUGCCGAUUGUUUCUUCCGGGAGUGAACUUUGUCUCCAUCAGCCGGCAGAGAAAAAACAGUGACUAUCCCUCACACCUCAUGGCAAAAUAUGUAGCUGUGUCGCUCGCAAGCCACAGUCAGAAAGGAACUGCAAACCUUUGUCCGUAGAAAAAGAAUAUCACCAGUUUAUGUUUUCUGUAGGUUAAAGAAAUGCCAUUCUGUGUGGUGCCAAGACGAAGAACAUUCUUGUGGCUUUUCAGAGUCGGUAAAGAAU